AGCCGGGUCCGGCUACCUGGGCACGCCCGGCCGGGCUGCUGAGGGCCCGGCGCCGCGUGGCGGCGCUGAGGGGUCGCCGAGAAGAGCUCCGCGGCGUCUGUUGGAGCCGUUCCCUCGUUGGGCCGCCGGCGAGGGCAUGAGCGCGGACUCCCUCUGCCUCCAGAGCGGCGGGAGCGGCGAGGGGAGGAGGCGCCGCUUGGAGGCCACCGUCCAGGGCAGCGCCGGGAGAGAGCAGGGCAGGAGAUGUGCCUGUCCUUAGCGGCCCAGGAAGCAGCAUGCACCCCGAGGCCACCGACAGCAGCGGCGCCGGCCUCACGGAAGCCCCGAGCGAGCGGCGGCCGGAUUCCCGGGAGGACGCGGCAGCCCCCGGGGGCCCUGGCGGCGGGAGCUGGCGGGCGCCGGUGGCCGUGGCCGCCCUCGCCGCCGUGCCCCUCUGCUUCCUGGGGCCCGGCUGCUGGGAAGCGGGAAGCGCGGGGCCGGGCACCGUCCUGCUCAGGCUCAGCCUGUACCUGGGCUGCGCUGCGGCCGCCUUCUUGCUGGGGACCUUGUUCUCUCUGGUCUGCCGGAGCCCGCGAGCUCCGCCGCCCGACUUCGCUGCCGCCUGGAGACGGCUGGCCGCGGCCGCCCGCCGCCCGCCGGAGAGUCCUGUGUGUGGAAACUCACACGAGUCAGUUCAGUCUAGAAGGGUAGUCAUUUCUCAUAACAUGGACAAGGCUCUGAAAGAAGUGUUUGACUACAGUUACAGAGACUACAUCCUGUCCUGGUAUGGAAGCCUCAGCAGAGACGAGGGGCAGCUCUACCACCUGCUUUCCGAGGACUUCUGGGAAGUUGUCAGACGGCUGCGCCACAGGCUGAGCCGCGUGGACAUGGUCAGAGUUGUCUGCAGUGAUGUCGUGAGAGCUUUACUCGCUCACUUCUGUGACCUGAAGGCGGCAGACGCCAGACAUGAAGAACAGCCGAGGCCCUUUGUGUUGCAUGCAUUCUUGAGGAACUCAGAUGAUGAAGUAAGAUUUCUACAAACGUGUUCUCGGGUUCUGGUGUUUUGUCUCCUUCCCUCAAAGGAUGUCCAGUCUCUCAGCUUACGCAUAAUGCUUGCAGAAAUUCUCACAGCAAAAGUCUUAAAGCCAGUAGUGGAGUUACUUAGUAAUCCAGAUUACAUUAACCAGAUGUUGCUUGCCCAGUUGGAGCACAGAGAACAGGUGAAUGAACAUCACAAGAGAGCCUACACCUAUGCUCCCUCCUAUGAAGAGUUCAUCAAGCUUAUUAACAGCAACUCUGAUGUUGAGUUCUUGAAGCAACUAAGGUAUCAAAUUGUAGUGGAAAUAAUCCAAGCAACUACAAUUAGCAGCUUCCCCCAGCUGAAGAGGCACAAGGGUAAAGAGACUGCUGCCAUGAAGGCUGAUCUCCUGAGGGCCAGGAACAUGAAAAGGUACAUUAACCAACUGACUGUGGCAAAGAAGCAGUGUGAGAAGAGGAUCAGAAUCCUGGGAGGCCCUGCCUACGACCAGCAAGAGGAUGGGCCCUUGGAUGAGGGGGAAGGGCCUCAAAGCCAGAAGAUUCUUCAGUUUGAAGAUAUCUUGGCCAAUGCUUCCUACCGAGAGCACUUUCGAACAUACAUGGAAAGGAUGGACAGGAGAGCUCUGAUUAGCUUUUGGGAGUCUGUGGAAUAUUUAAAGAAUGCUCACAAGAACGAAAUUCCACAAUUAGUUGGUGAAAUUUACCAGAAUUUCUUCGUGGAGAGCAAAGAAAUAUCUGUGGAAAAAUCACUUUACAAAGAAAUCCAGCAGUGUCUUGUAGGAAAUAAAGGAAUCGAAGUGUUCUGCAAAAUCCAGGGAGACGUUUAUGAGAUGCUGAAGGAUAGGUAUUACCCUUCAUUUAUUGUCAGUGAUCUGUAUGAGAAAUUGAUGAUAAAAGAGGAAGAAAAGCAUGUCUCCCAGUUGAUUUCCAACAAGGAUGAAAUGGACCCGGGAGGUGAGGCUGGUGAGGAAUCUGUGGAUGACGGCACCAGUCGAAUUAAUGAACAAACCAGUUUUGCUGUAAACAAACUACGAGAACUAAAUGAGAAACUUGACUAUAAGAGGCAAGCUCUAAAUUCUAUUCAAAAUGCACCAAAACCUGACAAGAAGAUUGUUUCUAAGUUGAAGGAGGAAAUAAUUCUAAUAGAGAAAGAACGCACAGAACUUCAGCUGCACAUGGCAAGAACAGAUUGGUGGUGUGAGAACCUUGGUAUGUGGAAAGCCUCCAUCACCAGUGGAGAGGUUACAGAAGAGAAUGGUGAACAAAUGCCCUGUUACUUUGUCAUGGUAAGCUUACAAGAAGUUGGAGGAGUUGAAACUAAGAACUGGACAGUCCCCAGAAGGCUCAGUGAGUUUCAGAAUUUACACCGGAAACUUAGUGAGUGUUUCCCUUCUUUAAAAAAAGUCCAGUUGCCUUCUCUUAGCAAGCUGCCUUUCAAAUCUGUAGAUCAAAAGUUUAUGGAAAAGUCAAAGAAUCAAUUAAAUAAGUUUUUACAGAAUCUGCUUUCAGAUGAAAGACUGUGUCAGAGUGAAGCACUUUAUGCCUUUUUGAGCCCUUCUCCUGACUACCUCAAGGUUAUUGACGUGCAGGGGAAAAAGUCCACGUUUUCAUUAUCCUCAUUUCUGGAAAGACUCCCUCGCGACUUCUUCUCCCAUCAGGAGGAGGAGGCAGAGGAGGACAGUGACCUGUCAGAUAGUGGUGAUGACGUGGAUGGAAGGAAAGACUCUUUGGCUGAACCAUGUUUCAUGCUGAUUGGGGAGAUUUUUGAACUUCGAGGAAUGUUUAAAUGGGUGAGAAGAACAUUAAUUGCUCUCGUUCAGGUCACUUUCGGAAGAACCAUCAACAAACAACUCCGGGACGCAGUGGACUGGGCUCUCAGCGAGCAAAUGGUGGUCUACUACAUCGGCGCUCUCCGGGAUGCUUUGUGGCCCGGUGGGAAUUUGGCACCUCCGAACACAAUCCCAAGUGAAGAGCAAAGCCAGGAAACAAAGCGGAGAGCACAGCAGAAGCUGCUUGAAAACAUUCCAGAUAUGCUUCAGAGCCUUGUUGGACAGCAAAAUGCCCGUCAUGGUAUAAUAAAAAUAUUCAACGCACUGCAAGAAACGAGAGCCAAUAAGCAUCUGUUAUAUGUGCUGAUGGAACUGCUGCUAAUUGAAUUGUGUCCUGAGCUGAGAACUCAUUUAGAUGAACUUAAAGCUUGUCAGGUUUGAGACUCCACAAAUAAACCACCAGAGAAAUGUCUGUAAUAAUAGACAUGAAACAUUUUCCUCUUUUCCACAGAGGGCUUGACUGAGAACCAUACCGAUCUUUUAGUUACCUCCCUCUAGUUUUAUGUGAAUUAAGCAGAAUUGGGGGGAAAACUUGAUGCUGUAUAUUAGGCAACAGAAAAAAACACUUGUUAAUUAUUUUUAUUUUAAUAUAAAUCCUUUAAAGGUCAACAUACUGAUUGAAAUAUAAGUGUUAAUACGUGAUAAGAACCUAGGAAAUAUUUUAAAUAUUUAUUGUUUUGUUUUUAAAAAGUUUGUUUUAAAUGAAUUAUGAACAUUGUACAGUUAAUUUCCUCACUGAGGAUUCUGAACAUUCCUAUAUUCGUGUGUGUUGAAUAUUGUUGUGCAAUGCUUUGUGUGAAGUUAUUGUGAAAAUUUUAUUGUCUUUAUUUUUACCAAAGAUUUCCCAUAGUUUGAAGCAUCUGAAGCAAUAAAAUAUAAAAAUGAA